AUGAGGAGCUUUGUGGUUUUUAGACGGUUUUUGACACAGUCAACUCGAGAACAGGUAUAUUUGGACAUAUUGAACAAGAGAUUUGACAAUGCAUUGCAAGUGAUACGAAGAACUCCCAAAAAAGAAUUGGACUACACUCUUUUGCAGACUUUUCUCUCGAAGAGUUGUCAAUGGGGUCAUAUUCAAUCCGUGGAUUACAUAUGGUACAAAUUCGUUAUGAGGCUACCGAUUUUAAUAGUUAGUCCCAAUUUAUUAUGUGAUAUUGGAAACUUAGCUCUUCAUGAAGAGAAAGGUUUUAUUCCAGAUCAACUCUAUAUCCAUUAUAUGAAGUUCCAUGAUAAAAAGAGAAGCGAACAAGAUUCAUGUAAAUACGAAUUGAUGAGAAUAAGAAUUGAGAGUUUUGCUAGAGGUACUGGGGAUAAGACUACAUUUAAAGAAAAAUGGAAAAAGUAUUUGGAAGAUAUGGAUAAUCGAUUACCGCCCACAGCUGAAAUCAAGGUACGAGAUUUCCCGUUUUUAACUAAAUCCAUGGGGGAUUCCACUAAACAAGAGAUAAUGGAGCUUUUAUUUACGAAAGGUGGAUUUCCUGUACAGAAUAGACACAGCUUACCGCUCCUAUUGAAUAUGUUUUUAUUGCAACCAAAGCAUCACAUGGAGUUCAAGAUUGCAUGUUUCCAAAGGUUUUCAGAAGUUUAUUCAUUGGGAUUAGAUGAUUCAUUAGCCAUCCUCUUUCGUCAGUGUAGAAAUGACGGAUACCAUUUAAGUAGAUUGAUGGAUUUCGCAAGAGAGAGAGGUAUCACAAGAUUAUCACCUGUGGCUUCGAAAGCUUUCUUGGAAGGAAUUUCAGGUACUAAUUAUCAUUUCAAGACAAGGGAGUAUAUAGAUUUACUUUCUAGAGAUUGA